GGCCCAGUGCACAGAGCAACUGGUGUUACAGCUCUGUGAUUUCACUUUUACUUUGAGCACGUUGAUAUAUAAAUAGAUUCUCACAUUUCUGCGGGAAUUACAGUAUGGGUUGUGAGGGAAGUGUCAUGGACAUCCCUGACAACGAAUAUGACUCUACAUGGGACGAUAAAAAUGAAGAGCAUUUCGGCAUGGCGGAGGUAAUUAAGCAGCAGACAUGGAGAGCACACAGAAACCUGGAGGCUGCAUGGGACAUGCAAAACUACAGGCGUAGCUGUCGAUACAUCAGACAUGCUUAUAUGGUACAUGGUCAAGAUCAUCAUUUCCAUAAUCUUCAUUUUUAUCAAAAUAGAAUUCCCUCUCACCCUGAUGGUGUAAAUAUUGAAGAUUUUCACACGAAAUGGUUUGGUGAUUACACAAGGCUGGAAAAUGUGCAUUCCUACAUUCAGUGGUUGUUUCCGACUCAAGAGCCAGGGGUAAAUUAUAGUGCACAUGUCCUUACCCCAACAGAAAUCAGGCAUUUUCAUAAAGAUAUGAUGGUAAAGAAAAGACUGUUAAAGUCUUACAAGCUCAUGUUGGACUUUUAUGGAAUACGGCUUGUCAGUGAGGAAACUGGAAAGGUGAAACGUGCACAAAACUGGAGAGAACGAUUUGAAAACCUAAACAGAAACACGCACAACACUCUUCGCAUCACCCGCAUCCUAAAGUGCCUGGGUUUACUGGGGUUUAGUCACUAUCAAGCACCGCUGGUUCACUUCUUCCUUGAGGAGACUCUGGUGCAUGACACACUUCCACGAGUAAAGCAGAGCGCUCUGGACUACUUUAUGUUUGCAGUUCUGGACAAGCGUCAACGAAAAGAACUGAUCAGAUUUGCCUUCUGGUAUUUUGAGCCAAAAGACAAAUUUGUGUGGUGUCCUAGAAGGAUUCAAAGGAAUUUUUUGAAAGAAAUGACACAAAAGAAACAUCAUUCCCAUACACAGGCUUGUGCAAGAAGGGAAGAAAUUCACCACCAAUUAGGUUAUAGAAAACAGCAGACAGCGGACUUCCCUAGAAGUCAAAAUAGUGCAAGGAACGAGGGCACGAAGUGCAGGACGAAGAAAAAUAGAUCCUAGAAAUCUCACACAAACUAUACUGUAUAACAGAGCUCAGAGUCGUAGACAGAACCAGAACAGUGUGGCCAGGAUGGACUUGGUCUUUUAAUUAUCGCAGCAAAACAACUCACCAAUCUCAAAUGUAUACAGUAUAAAGUAAAAAGUCAUUUAUUUCAGGUGGUAUUUAUUUGCUUAACACACAGUUGAACUGAUGUUAGGUAACAUUAAUUCAUGUUUUUUUGUUUUUUUCAUUCAUUAUCCUGUGUUAAACAGCAGUCUUGUUUACAAGAUGUACAAUAAAAGUCCAUGUGAUUGGAGUUGGAUUAUUUAGAGUUACCAUCUAACCACCACUCUUGAUGCAAUGGUAAAAAUUUCAGAAGGGUGUUAUGGUUAUUUAGAUAACAUUCAAAGUUUUUUGUAGUUUUGUAGUUUUAUGUAACUGCAAUGCAAUUUUAGUCAUAACGAGUCUUUUUUAAAAAAAAA